AUGACAGAAAAGCAAUAAGAAUUCAAUCCCUUGUUAAUAGCAUUUUAUUCAGGUCUUGCAUCUAUGGUUGGAGAUAUGAUUAUGUUUCCUUUUGACACAAUCGGAACAAGAAUCAAAGCACAUAAAUCUGAGUUCUUGGGAAUGAAGCAAGGAUAUGAUCUUAUUGUAAAGAAUGAAGGAUUUAAAUAUUUAUUCAAAGGAUUUUCUACUACAGUGAUGGGUUCAUUUCUUCCUUAUGGUUCAUAUUUUUUGGCUUAUGAGUAUAUGAAUUAUUAUGCAAUUAAAUUAACAAAAGGCUUAGAGAAGGAUGGCGAGAAGAGUAAGUUAAACUUAUUGAUUCCUCUCAUUACUUCCCCCUUGGCCGAAGCUGUGUCUGUCGUAACCUAUAUUCCCUUUGAUACCCUGAGAACCAGAAUGUAGAUGAAUGUUCCUGAAUAUAAUUAUAAAGGAAUAUUUUCAGGAUUGAUGGAAAUUUCUAGAAAAGAAGGUUGGGUUCGUUUAUUCUAAGCAUCUUACUUAUACAUGGCCUCAGUAGUUGUCUACACAACAUUCCAGAUGUGGUUCUAUGAAUUGUUGAGAUAUGAAAUCUUGAGAUAAAGGGCUGACCAAAAAGUACACAAUCAGCCUUUGGCAAUUCAUCAAUCGGUUAUUGCAACAAUGAUUUCAACUGCCUUGGCUGCAGCCAUAGUCAAUCCUGUUGAUUUUAUCAUUACUAGAUACUAACUUGUCGAUAGUAGUUAGCAAUAAUUGUCUGUCAAAUAGUUGGUGCAAGAUGCUUGGUACUAAGAAGGAAAAAAAGCAUUUCUUAAAGGUUUGGGCACAAGAGUAUUUCAAUGCAGCUUAUUUUCUAUCUUUUAUUUUCCAGUUUACGAUCAUUUUAAAUCAAAGUAUGGAAUCACUUUGGCAGAUUGAGUAGAGGAAUAAAAGUGUGACUUUGUAUAAUGUAUAUGAUUUUAAUUAAAUAUCAAUCGGAUAAA